AACCUCUCCAACUUCGCUCUCUCUCUAUCUUCUCUCUGACGUGACUUCUCUCUCUUCCUCCCUUCAUCAAUGGCGACCACAAACUCUCUCCACCACUCUUCUUACACACACCACCGCCACAAUCUCCCUUCCCAAUCUCAUUUCGUACCCACUUCUCUCUCCCUCAAACAACCCACUUCCGCCGCAACAUUCUCACUUAUCUGCUCUGCUUCUUCCUCCUCCUCCUCCUCCUCCGUAGCCGUCUCCGCCGUCUCCACCACAAACGCCUCCGCUACGACCGCCGAAACCGCGACCAUAUUCGACGUUUUGGAGAACCACCUCGUCGAUCAAAACUUCCGACAAGCCGACGAGGAGACUCGUAGAUUACUCAUUCAGAUAGCAGGAGAAGCAGCCGUGAAACGCGGCUACGUUUUCUUCUCCGAGGUGAAAUCAAUCUCUACCGAAGAUCUCAAAGCUAUCGACGAUCUAUGGUUGAAACACAGCGACGGGAGAUUCGGAUACAGCGUGCAACGCAAAAUCUGGUUGAAAGUGAAGAAAGAUUUCACAAGAUUCUUCGUUAAAGUUGAGUGGAUGAAGCUUCUUGAUACAGAGGUUGUUCAAUACGGUUACAGAGCGUUUCCUGACGAAUUCAAGUGGGAGCUUAACGAUGAAACACCUUUAGGACACUUACCGCUCACUAACGCCUUGAGAGGUACGCAGCUUCUCAAAUGCGUUUUAAGCCAUCCCGCUUUUGCGACUGCUGAUGAUGAUAACAGUGGAGAGACUGAACAAGAGCUUAACAGAGGUGUCGCCGUGGCUAAGGAACAACAGACUGAGACAGCACCAGGAGGAGGAGACAAAAGAGUGUUUAAAACAAACUACACCUUCUAAUUAAUGUCUUUCUCCUUUUAUUUUUAUUUUAUUGAUUUGCUGAUAUUGUCAAAGUAUAAACGAAUCUCUGUAAUCAUAUAUCAUCAAUUGAAAUUGGGUUUCUCUU